GAACAUCUGGCUGCAAUGAUGCAAAGAGCAGCGACCAUCACGUCAGACAAGGAGAUGCUUUUAAACCUGAUGAAAGACCUGAAGCAAGAGGAGCUGAAAGGCUUCAAGUGGUUCCUGAAGAUCAGGGAUGUGAGCUCAGGCUUCCCACAGAUCCCAGUGGGUCCCCUGGACGAGGCCGAUGCCUCAGACCUGGUGGACCUGAUGAUGAAGACCUACAGCCACAGCGCUCUGCAGGUCACCAAGGACAUUUUAAAGAAAAUUAACAGGAAUGAUCUGGUGGAGAUGUUUCCAGGCACCAGCUGCAAGAGGAAAUAUAAGAACUACUCAGCUUCCAGAGAAAUGCCUCGCAGCGUUAAGCAGCUUCUAGCUGAAACCCUGGAGGACCUGAAGGAGGAAAGCUUUCAGAAGUUUGUCUUCCAGCUGCUGGACCGCAGCGAGGAGCCGCGGGUCAGACGCUGCAGGGUGGAGGGGAAGAGCCGCCUGGACAUCGUAGAUGUUCUGGUCUCCACCUUCACGGAGGUCAAGGCUGUGGAUGUCACCGAGGAGAUCCUGAGGAGCAUCGGCUGCAACCAGCAGGCGGAGGAACUCAAAAUGCCUCCAAAAACGGCCAAAAAGAUUUUAAGUAACAAACUGGAGGAUCUGUCCGCCGAAAACUUUAAGAAGUUCCGAAGAGAACUGGUGGACCGGAAGGACGGAGUCAAGAUGAACCAGGUGGAGGAUAAGGACUACAUGGUGGUUUCAGAGGUGAUGAUCAACGUUUACACGGAGAAAGAAGCUCUGAAGGUGGCGGAGGAAAUCUUCAGAGAGAUCCGCUGCAAGCAGGACGCGGACGAACUGGUUGAAGAGGCUAAAAAAGCAGGUUUGUGUUCGGCCGCUGAAGGAUCCAGUGAAGAGGAACACUUCGUGGACAGACACAGGACUGAGCUGAUCCAGAGAGUCACCACCGUUGCGCCCAUUUUGGACAAGCUCUUAAUAGCCAAAGUUAUCCAAAAUGAAGCUUAUGAUGAGAUAAUGCUGCUGCGGCCCUCCCAGAACCAGAUGAGAAGGGUGUAUGGAUCUGUACAAGGAGCUGGCAGGAGCGCAAAGGAUCUCUUCCUCCAAAUCCUGAAGGAUCAGCAACCUUUCCUCAUCGAUGACCUGAUGAAAAAAUAAAUCCUGGAGGAAAAUUAAAUCUAUUUUAAACAUAGAAUGAAAAAAACACAUUAAAACCACUUUUAUUCUAGAAGAAUAAAGAGUUGCUUCAUUUGUUUC